AAAAAAAAAAAAAAGAUGACUGUCAGAAUGUCUCUGACUCAAAACUACACUUCCCAGGAUGCAAAACGUCGCCAAGAAGGGAAGUCUAAUUCUAAGCCGCUUGGAUAAAAAAAAGCCAACAGCUGAAGUAUUGUAUUACACCAGAGGAACCUGACUAGCCUAUAAUAGGACAAGGGCGACACCCGACUGGUCACGCUCUUUAAAUCUGUCAGAUAUGACGCGGAAAUUAAGAGCACCGACAUCUGAUUUGACACCAGAAAUUUUGGUCUCAAAUUAUGCCAGAAGACACAGCGUGGAGUUGGACCUGUAACGGGACUAUGGAUUUAAACUUCAAGUAAUGUUGCUUGUUCUUCUUGUCAUCCUGAAGGACCUUCUGAAUUAUGGAGCGAAUCAACCGCAUGAGACUGUUGACCGGAGCGCAGUGUAACAGGUCGUAAUGCCGCACUAUUGGACGGUACCUGUCAGGUGCUUCUUAGAGAUUUCUGGUUUUAAAUCAAAGGCACGUUUAAGCUGACAUAUAUUUUGACCAACAGGAUAUAGGUAUUUACUAAUUUUAAAUAUAUUAUAAUAGUUAUAAGUUUAAAUAUGUAAGGGUUCUUUUGAUAUUUUAGCUUGACUGAAGGAAGGAAGGGAAAUACCUGGGAUUUAUUAAUGCUGUAUUAAGAGAUUACAAGACGUGUGAGAAGAUUCUUGCCAAGAAUCAUGUCAUAGCACUAUGACCACAGACUUGGGCCCUUUUUCUCUCAUCAUGAAUGUUACUGCUUCGUCUGUAUACUGAUGGGUGUUUGUGUUGCCAGUCUAAAGAGGCUCCACCAUGGGAUGUGUACAGAGUGUAAAACCCAAGCCAAGUUUUCAUGAGAACAUCACGGUCCUGGAACUGCAGGCCUCCAUUGAUCCAAGUCCGACUGUCAUCGAUGAGUCAUCUAAUGUGGUUCUGCGAUACCGCACGCCUUACUUCAGGGCAUCAGCUCAGGUGCAGGUGCCACCCAUGCUUUGCAAAGAGAUCUGGACCGUUGGCUGGAUCCAGGCUUGCAAUCAAAUGGAUUUCUUUAACAUAUAUGGAAAUGAAGGAGUAUCCAGCUGGGAGCUCCCAGAGCUGAAAUGUGGGCAGAUUCAGGCCAUUAGUGAUUCAGAUGGUGUGAAUUACCCCUGGUACGGCUGCACCACUGAGAUGUACACAAUAGUGGGUCCCACUAAGAAGAGCACCAAACUCACCGUCAGCAUGAAUGACAACUUCUGCCCGAGUGUGACAUGGAGUGUCCCAGUGGGCACCACCAGCAGUCCCCCUCUACUGAGCUCCAUCCAGAGGGACCAAUGCUUCACCACAUGGCUAGUGGCCAUGAACGAAACCACAGCUGAGAUGGUGCUACUCCGAACCAUCCGCUGGAGGAUGCAGCUCUGCAUUAAAGUGGAUCCAAUGAAGCCUCUGGGUCAAAGAGCCACAGUUGUGGAGCCACUGAUCCAAGAACAGCCUCAAGUCCUAGUUAAUAAUGAACCCAUCCCAACAAAUGCCUUGCUUAAGCCUAAUGCCAAUGAUGCCCAGGUUCUAAUGUGGCAGCCUAGAAAUGGGGAGCCCAUUGUGGUCAUACCCCCAAAAUAUUGAUCCCAUGAAAGAUAUUUACUACCAAUUUGAACUGAAAUGAUUCAGUAAUGCUCAGUUAAAUGAAGAAUGGCAUGGAGUGAGUGAGAAUAAUAGUCAACAAGGUUACAAUUUAACAUUUUAAAGGAAUAAAUGUAUUAUUUUUGUAUUUAUUGAUGGUUGAUAGGCUGCUUGAAAGGACAGUCCACCUAAAAGCGAAAAUUCUCUCAUCAAUUCCUCAACCUCAAGUCAUUCCAAACCUGUAUGACUUUUCUUCUGUGGAUACAAAAGAAGAUAUUCUGAAAAAUGUGGGCAACCAUGCAGUUUUGAGUCCCAUUGACUUCCAUAGUAUUUUUUAUCCAUGAAACCAUUUAGUUACCAACAUUGUUCAAAAUAUCUUAUUUUGCAUUCCACAGAAGAAAGACAAUGCAUACAGGUUUGGACAACAUGAGGAAACAAAUGAUGACAGAAUUUUCAUUUGUAGGUGGACUGUCCCUUUAAGGGCACACAUUUAUCAUAUUGUGUAUUGUUUUAAAUAUUUGUAAUAUUUGUAAUUUGUAAGACAAAACUGUGUGUGGCCUUUGCACACUUGGCUAUGGACUGAAAUGUGGCCUUAUGAAACCUACUAUAAACAAAACUGAAAUUGUUUGUUCACACCGUAUGAGUCAAUCAUUAAAUGUAUAAUGGAGGUAUAUUUAUUUUUAGUCUGGUGUGGCCAAUGUUUUACAAACAAAUGUUGCCUUUUAUUUUGUGCAAUUACUGCAAACACAUUUGCAAACAUCACUUGUGUCUGUGGCAUCUUACAGGAUGUUCUGUGAACUAGAACUGUGAAUAAUUUAGUUGUCUUCUCAUGUUUUAAGAGGCAGCUUUUCAGGUGCACAAGCUGAGUUCCAGGUACUUCAUCUUGUUUUUAGACUUGGAGAACCUUAUGGUGGAGGAUAAGGUGGAAACUCUACAAUAAAAUCAGUGUGUAACAAUA